AGAAAUUGUGAAUGGUUUAACUUCAAAACGAUGAAAACUGUACAAGUCACAUAUUUAAAGGCAAGAUUGUGGGUCUGUGCACAAAUUUUUUCUGCUAAGAAAGAUUCGUUUUGUGGUUUUGCUUGGUUGUAGUAGAGACUUCGAAAUGGUGUUUGCUUGUCAGAAAGACAGUUUCCUAAAAGAGCUUGACACCUCAGUUGUUUCCUGCAAAGAGGCCAAAGUAUCAAUUAACAAUAAUGGCAAGAAAGAAGUCAUCGAUGGCUUUGAAAUAGUGUUGGAAGACACAAUUAUUUUUCCAGAGGGUGGUGGCCAGCCGUGGGAUCUUGGAACAAUUGCUGAAAAAGAAAUAAUUCAAGCUGUACGUAGAGGCGCAGAAGCUGUACAUGUUCUUCGAGAGCCUCUUGAUGUGGGUCGAAAGGUGACAGUUAAACUUGAUUGGAACCGAAGACUGGAUCAUAUGCAACAACACUCAGGGCAGCACCUUAUUACUGCAGUGGCUUGUGCUGAGUAUGGAUUUGCAACUUCAUCAUGGUCACUUGGUGAAGAAAUAUCAUACAUUGAAUUAGACACACCAUCCAUAUCUGCUGAUCAGGUUGUUCAUGUUGAAACCCUGGUAAACCAGUAUAUAAGAGAAUGUAGACCUGUCACUGUUCAGGUUUAUGAGGCAUCAGACCCUGUGCUAAAGGAGGUAAGAACCAGAGGUCUACCAGAGGAUCACGUGGGACUUGUGAGGGUAGUUUCAAUUGAAAAGCUCGAAAACAACAUGUGUUGUGGAACUCACGUCUCAAAUUUGAGUCAAUUGCAGAUGAUCAAGCUGACUGGAGUUGAAAAGGGCAAGAAAAAUAAAACAAAGCUAAGUUUCUUGUCAGGAAACAGAGUAUUGAAGAAAAUGGAAGAAUUUCUUGUUCGUGAAACAGCUCUCUCGAACUUGCUGCAGAAUAAGGGGUCAGUGCAUGUGCAACUGGUUGAGAAGAUUCAAGAUGCUUUGAAAACCACUAGUAAGAACCUGCAAGUGGUGUUACGGGAGCUGGCAAUUGCUGAGGCAGAAAAAUUAAAGAAAGCUAGCCCCAAGCUUAAGUUUAGUAUCAUCCACAGGAAGGAAGCUGACAUGGACUUUAUUAAUGCAUUCUUACGAGAAUUUAAUGAUGAGGAAAUUUUAGUUUUGCUUAUUGUCGGUGAGGAGCCAGCCAUCCAAGUAGUUCUUCAUGGAAAGCCAGAAAUUGUUGCAGAAGUAGGACCAAGGUUGAGUGAUAUUAUGGAAGGAAAGGGGUUUGGAAAAGGACACAAAUAUCAAGCUAAAGUAGGAAAAUUAAAAAUGGAAGAGGCUACACAAAUAUUGAAUGAAUAUUUUAAGAUCUAAUGUAAUUUUGUUGUUAACACAAGGAGUUCAAAUUAAAGAAUUCAAAUCACUGUUCAAGAUAAUUUAUUAACCAUUUUAUCCAGGGCUAAGAUCUUGGUUGGAGGAGGUAGAGCAGUCAACAUUCCAUCUUGCCAGUGAACAUUCCU